AUGAGCAGCACGCUAGCCAAGAUCGCCGAAAUAGAGGCCGAGAUGGCCCGAACUCAGAAGAAUAAAGCUACGGCACACCAUCUUGGGUUGCUGAAAGCUCGUCUCGCUAAACUUCGACGAGAGCUGAUCACCCCCAAAGGAGGUGGAGGAGGUGGUCCUGGUGAAGGUUUUGAUGUUGCGAAGACUGGCGAUGCUCGAAUAGGGUUUGUAGGAUUCCCUUCUGUAGGGAAAUCAACGCUUCUCAGUAACUUGGCUGGUGUUUAUUCUGAAGUGGCAGCCUACGAGUUCACUACUCUGACCACAGUUCCUGGAGUUGUGAGAUACAAGGGGGCCAAGAUUCAGCUGCUUGAUCUCCCAGGAAUUAUUGAAGGUGCUAAGGAUGGUAAAGGCAGAGGCAGACAGGUCAUAGCAGUGGCACGCACUUGCAAUUUAAUCCUCAUUGUCUUGGAUGUGUUGAAGCCACUGGGACAUAAAAAGAUCAUUGAGAAUGAACUGGAGGGUUUUGGCAUCAGACUAAACAAGAAGCCGCCAAACAUUGGGUUCAAGAAGAAGGACAAAGGAGGCAUAAAUCUUACAGCGACAGUAGGUUGUGCUCAGACUGAGUUGGACCUUGAGACUGUAAAAAGCAUCUUGGCAGAGUAUAAAAUCCACAACGCAGAUAUCACCCUUCGCAGUGAUGCCACAGCUGAUGACUUGAUAGAUGUAGUUGAAGGAAACCGGGUUUAUAUUCCUUGCAUCUAUGUGCUAAAUAAAAUUGACCAGAUUUCCUUGGAAGAGCUAGAUGUGAUUUACAAAGUGCCACACUGCGUCCCAAUUUCUGCCCAUCAUCGCUGGAAUUUUGACGAUCUUUUGGAAAAAAUUUGGGAUUACCUGAAGUUAGUACGAAUUUAUACAAAGCCAAAGGGACAGUUACCUGACUAUACUGCUCCAGUUGUCCUUCCUGACUCUCGCACAACAGUGGACGAUUUCUGCACCAAAAUUCACAAAAACCUAAUCAAAGAAUUCAAAUAUGCCUUGGUAUGGGGAUCCUCUGUCAAGCAUAACCCACAGAAAGUCGGUAAAGAUCAUGUCCUAGAAGAUGAGGAUGUUAUUCAGAUUGUGAAGAAAUAA